AUGGCGUCGUACUCACCACAGUUCCAUGUGCCUGGCACAUUUCACUUCGAUACGUCGCCAAAAUCUGGCCAGACACUUAGCGCAGGCAUGUUUCGACCUCCGGCCACAUCACCGACCGCCUCGACCUACGGGAGCCUGUAUUCUGAUGUCUCAAUGACGAACACACACGGCAACGGUGCCCUCGGCACAGGCACUGCCAAGCGAAAACGUGCCAGCACAAGGUCAUCAACACCGAUGGGAUGGAACAUGGACAUGGACGGUGCGCACGACAUCAGAGAAGAGGAGAAGGGUUGUCAGUUUAGAUAUACUCUGGCAGGGCAAAUCAAUGCAACGCCGAUGGGGGCUCCCAUCGGGGUUGAGAAUGGCCUGUUGGAGGACAGUGUCUACUCUGAUGUUGACUACAGGAGAGCUCUAGGUCCCACCAAGGUUGCCCCAGACUUCGAGGUGCCAUCAGCGCACCACGACGAAACCCCGAACGCACAACCGUCGACUUCGGCGGCAUGGAGGAUAUUCACGCUUGGCACGUUGGGUGAGGUGGUAGGGAAGGUAUGGGAGUUCUGCACAAAGGGCGCAUUCAGGGGCUUCCAGGCGGGCGGAGGGACAGCGUACACGGCGAAUGGAACGACGAUCCCCGAGACUACAGGAAAGCCGUGGGCUAACCAGCACGACGAACCUACUCCGGCGAGCGAAGAGACCAUGACCGACCAAAGGAUACAGGAUGGAUACCCCGAGCCAGAAAACGACCAGGAGAAAGCCGGUUCCUACGAGCCGUUUUCCCCAUACCAGGAUGCAGUUUCCUACAUCGAAUCACCGGAUUCUACACCACAACCACCAGCCGCCAAACGGAGGCAAGUUAGCUACAACAACGACGAACUCAAGAAUUGGGUAGUGGUGGACGGUCCGGCUAACACAAACCAAAGGCGAUUUGGCUCCGAUGCCAGGGCGGUCCCAGUGAGAACACCGGCCUCUAUAGUGCGACAUUCCCCUCGGCCUGGAUACUACUCCUCCACAGCCGUGAGCUCCGGCCGGCGUAUCAGCGUCCCAUCCUCCAGGUUCACAGGAACACCGACCCGGACUGCCGCAGUUCGGCCUUCCCUGCGGACCUCCCACGCAGGUUCCCCUCUCGUCCCACCCCGCGAACCAGCAAGCUUUGCCUCUCCCCGCCAGGCUCCCGUUGCCCCCUCUACCCCUAGCCGCAUUCCGAUGCCGGUACAGCCUGCAACGAAGAACCCAUUCGCCGCCCUCGCCUCUCCAAGCCAAUUACCAAUACCUACUUCUGCCUCACGCCCGUCCAGUCGACAAAGUCCACGGCUGAGUGUUGGAAGUGGGGUCUCCUCGCGACCCAUAUCGCCGACAAAAACCACAGCCAGCACCAUUCACCGGCGCAAUCAGAGUGGGGCGUCUGCCACGGCUCGGAGGCACUCACUAUUAGCAGCGAGCGUUGACCCGGAGGAGAUCAAGGCCAGCCAAAGGUUAGAUGCCGAGGCUAAGGCGCUUGCAGCGAGGAAGCUGGCCGCGGAGAGGGACGCUGACAUGAAAGUGGAUGCUUUCAACGCAAGGUUAAUGGCGAUGAUCAGACAAGGGAAAGAGGCGUUAGGGACGAAGGUGGAGGUAGAAAUGAUGGAUGAAGAUGAUUUAGGUGGUGGGGGAUGGGAGGACGAGGACGUCUCUUGA